UCAAGCGUUUACAGAAACCGCCGCGGCGGGACAUUCGUAAUCUUUUCAGCCUCUCGAAAGAGUGCAGAGUUAUUUUUCAUAAUAAUUAGAAAUAUUGUGAAACAGAAAGUUAACGUAAUGGAGUGUUUGAAUGUUCCAAGAAUCCUGCCAAAUUCCCCACGGAAAGCAAUAGGACAGAUCCAGGUCAUCUUUGGCCCAAUGUUCUCCGGCAAAAGCACUGAGUUGAUAAGGCGAGUGCGUCGUUUCCAGGUCGCUCAGUACAACUGUUUGGUGGUCAAAUAUGCCAAAGAUACACGCUACUCAGAGAAGGGCAUGGCCACGCACGACAAAAACACAAUGGAAGCUGUACCAGCCAACUGCCUGAGCGACGUGCGUUCUCUAGCUCUGCAGGCCUGCGUCAUCGGAAUCGACGAAGGACAGUUUUUCCCAGACAUAGUGCAGUUCUGUGAGGAGAUGGCCAACAUGGGGAAGACUAUAAUCGUAGCGGCCCUGGACGGAACCUUCCAGAGAAAGCCCUUUGGUGACAGAAACAUCACAUGUCUGCUGUUGGAGGUGAUUGGUGGAGCCGAUAUGUACCAUGCGCGGUGCAGGAAGUGUUACGGUGGCCUGAUGGAUGUGUUGAAGGAGAAUAGCGCCCCCCACAGGGACGAGACGCCACCGCAUGUGAUGACAGGGAAACUGCUUGAUAACACUACAUCGCCACGGAAACUCUUCGCCACCCUGCAACUCUGAUCAUUACCAGUAGACUAUUCUUAAAGGGAUAGUUCACUCACAUGACUUUAGAGGGGAAGUUGAAUGAGAUGGUGAACAAUCCCUUUUAAUUUUAGGUUUGGUAAUUUGACUGGUGAUGAGUUAAAAUGGAUAGUUGACUUCAUUUUCUAAUUGGAGUAAUGAACUAUCCCUUUUAAGUUUUGCACUUGGAAUGAGCUUGGACAAUAAAUGAAGCUCCAUCAACCCGCUGAACGGUAUGGUAUCUGUGGAAUAACUGUCAUUUUAUAGGGCUUCAUAUACUUCGUACAUAUCAUAUUUUGUAAGACUUGGAUACACCUGUUAAAACAUACAUACUGCCACGCAAUGAGUCUAGUGUGCACAACUUAAUAUUCAACUGUUACUUUUUGUAGUUCUGGUCUGAUUUGCCUCAAAAUCUUAAGUCAAACCCAUAACUCAGUGUGCAAGGUCUUUUUUGUGCCAAUCACCCCUAAAAAAAAAAACCUAAGGUGAAGGGGCUCGGUUGUGCCACUACAUCAUGCAAAUUGCACGCUCCCUCAACAUGAGACAUCUGGCAUUGUGUUGUGACAAUUGCACCUUUUUAGUGGCCUUUUAUUAUCCCCAGCACAAGGUGCACCUGUAAUCAGCUUCUUGGUAUGCCACAUCUGUCAGGUGGAUGGAUUCUCUUGGCAAUGGAGAAAUGCUCACUAACAGGGAUGUUAACACAUUUGACAAGCUUUUUGUGCGUAUAGGGAAAAUUCUGUGUUUCUUCAGCUCAUGAAACAUGCGCCCAACACUUAACGUUAUAGUUGCCAAUCACCCAAGUGACCUGAGGGAAAGAAAUGGUGUUGGAUUGCAAUCCACUGCACUAUUCUUGACUGAAAUAACCUGCUUAGGUCUUGGCAGUUGGCACAUUGUUGUACAGUACAACCAGCUGACAAUUAAGAUGAUUUUUAUGGUAACACAAAUCUCCAAAAGCACAUGUUACCAGAACUGUAGCAUGGUUACAAUAAACAGUCACUUCAAUCUGGACUUGUAAACAUGUCUUUUUUUUUUUUUUUUUUUACCAGUCAAAUUAUGAGCCGGUUUUUAUUCUGCCCCACACCGACACACACGUCAUUUAGACAGAACAGAAGUUGAAUUAGAACCUUGUGACAUCACAGCUGUUGAAAGACACUUCCUUCUACAACAAUGGAUUCAAUAGAACAACUGAACUAACAGGUUUCUGGUGCUUUCAUUUUGUUGGUGUAUUAAAGUUAUGAGUGAGACACAGAAUUUGCAAAUAAACUUCAUAAAUGUAAAAUAAGUGAGGAACUCAAAUCUACACUAUUUAAUUUAGAUCAAUGUGGUGGUGGAGGAGAUCAGAUGGCAACUCAAAACCACAGAUAACCAAUGAUGUAACUAACACAAUGGACAAGAAGUGAAAUAUACACAUCGCCCCUACAACUACAGAAAACAAAACGCAAUCAAUUAACAACCCAUAACUAAACUACAAAUCACAUACUUACAGAA